GCUUGGGCGAAGGGGAGUUUUUUCGACAGCGCAGUGGCAGAUCUGACACAAGAGGUAUGCUUCUCACUCGUGCAUUACGUGUUUGGGGCCGCAAAGAGGCAGGCAGUGGCGGCACACAGACCAGCCUGAGGAGGGGCUGACUGACCCCAGAUAGACAGAGAGGAGAGCACAGCUAGGCAGAAGCAGAGCACACACGAUGGAUGACGUGGCAGCACGCUGCGCACCGGAAAGAGAAGGAAGCAUAGCAAUCAAUGGUCUGACUGACUGACUGACUACCUGGUGCCUUGUGGUGUGUUUCCCUGUUUGUGUGUGUGUGUGUCUAUAUGUGUGCGGCCAUUAGGUGAUCGAUUUGUCAUGAGUUUACUGAGAGCUGCCACUGCCCAUUUUUGCGUCAUUUUUGACUCUUGCCUGUGUGCUGUGGCGUGUUUGCCAAUGCAUGUGCGUUCCCCCGCAGUUUGCCUUGGAUCCGUUGCAUUUCAUUCUCAUCAUCCAUCACACAACACUCCCUCGGGACCAUCAUGUCCAAACCUGCUCGUGUGGUGCUCGGUGAGCCACCGCAACUGAUGACUCGUGUGAGUGUCUGUCUGUCUGUACGUGAUCAUUCAGUGACUGGAGCCAGUGGUGGUAUCGGCAAUGCAGCUGCCGUCGCAUUCGCCGAGAAGGGCGACAUCGUGGCCAUACACUACGCAGGCAAGGCAUAGAGGGAAUGAUCUUCCCGCGCCCAGCAUCCAUACCCGUGUGUGUGUUUCCCUUCUUGCAGGCAAUGAGGCCAAGGCCAAGGCGACGCUCGAUGCUGUGGAGAAGGCCGGCGGGAGCGGGGCGAUCUUUCAAGCCGACCUCUCGCGCGUCAGUGAGAUCACUCGACUCUACGAUGAGGUCAGAUGAUACUGAUGCUUGUGUGUGAGAGGCCUCGUCGGCCACUUCUCAUUAGCCCAUCCGCUCUCUUCUCGUCUGUUAAUAUCUUUUCUGCCUACAGGUGUACGCGCGCUUCGGGAAGGUGGAUGUUUUGUUCAACAACAGCGGACUGUGGGGCGAGGCGCACAUCAAAGACACCACAGAGGAACUCUAUGACAGGUCAGGCAGGUCAGGCCAUGGUGACUGGAUCCGGGGAUGAGCGAACGACGCUUUCCCUUCCUUUUACUCUCUCUCUCCUUCUCCCUCUCACUCAUUCAGGCUCAUGAAUCUGAAUGUCAAGGGGAUCUUCUUUUCGAUGCAAGAGGCCAUCAAGGUCCAGAUCUGCUGCCUCCACACCACCAGCAGCACGCCACACACACAAACAUACAAACAUCUGUCUGUCUGUCUGUCUGUUAGCGCAUGGGUAAGGGCGGCGUCAUCAUCAACAAUAGCAGCGUCCUUGGCAGCCACCCCUUGCCCAUGGUGGCCUGCUACUGUAAGCUCAGCAGAGAACACCAUUGAUUUGUGCGAGUGCAUUGUGUGAGCAUCAAAUGACUGAGUUGCUUGUGUGUGGUGGGUGCAGGUGCGACCAAGGCGGCGGUAAGAGAUUAG